CUCAGUAUCAAAUUGAUCGCCGGUUGAUGGACUGAUCGUGAGCAUAGUGGUGUGUAACGCAGUGUUUUAUUUUGCAGAAAUCGAGGAUAGUCCAGUAUGGCACGUGGAAACGGAGGUGCUGAGGGGUUAGCGAUAUGCGGUGCUGCAAUGAUAUGUUGCGGCUUGGUCAUCGUUGUGAUCCUGGGACUGGGAUUGGGCAUUGCCAAGAUAGUCAUGGGUGCGGUACACUUGCAUGACUGUCCGCUGGAGCACAUGAUACCUAUUUGGCUGAUCGUGAGUGGUGUUUCGCCAGUCUUGUUUGGUUGCUCUGGAAGGCGCAACAAUGAUGAUUCGGGCGAGAACAGCGGAGGUGGCUGCGCACUGAUCCUCGGUAUAAUCGGGCUACUGUUCAACAUGGCUUGGCUUAUCUGUGGAACUAUCUGGAUUUAUCCGAACUUUGGUAAGAUGAAGGCCGACGAUUUCAUUCCAUGCACCGAGAACAUCACUACUGGAUGCAUGAAAGAUUGUCAUCAACCCCUGUUAAGCUUCUCGGUCGCCAUGGUAACGAUUGACUGGAUCUUUUUUGUCCUCUGGUCUGUGUUAAUCGGUUGUACGAUACGCGCUGCAUGUGCCUUACGCAACCAAUAAGGAAGCAUCCUUCAUUCCUAGAUGGACAAUCAGCUUUGGUUAGUAUCUACAGAUAAUACUAGUUUAGUUAUGAGGUGUAUUUAACCAGGCCUAGAUAAUUAGAAAAAACAACCAUAACUGUAUUAAAUAUACCUUGAUAUUCGAUGUAUCUCAUCAUGUUGUUUUUUUUAAUUUUAUUUUAUUUUAAGCAUACAUAAAUGAAAAUGGUUGAAAAAACAAACACCUCACAUAAUACAAAAAUAACGUCAAUGAUUGAGUCAUAUAUGUAAAGUAUUGCGUGUGUUAUAAUAAAUAAUAAAUGGUGUUGAUGUUCGAACAUUUGGAACAACGUUAUAGGGAACAACAUUAUCAUUAUUCCAUUAUUGGCAAGACUAGUAUAUUAAAUAGUUGUUGAUAGUUUGUUAUGCUUGCAGUCCUUUUCUUCUUUAUAACUUUAUUGUUUUAGCUGUUCUUCUAUUAGAAUGUAAUAAAAUGAAUUAAAUAUAUAGAAUUAAAUUAUUAAUAAAAUAUAUUGUAU